GCCCUGCCGGGAAGCGCGGCAAAGGAGGAGGAGGCGCCAUGAGGCUGACGCGGCUGCUGGCCAUGGCGGAGAAGCUGGCGCCCCCCUGGGCCCCCGAGCUCGGCCGGGCGGGGAAGGCGGCCCGCAGGAAGAAGCCCGUGCUGCCGGCCAUCCCGGAGGAGGACUGGCAGGUCUUCCGCGGGGACACG